AUGAGGAUUCUGGCAGUACUGUGGACGGUAUGUCUAGUGAGACUAUGCAGUGCAGGUUGCUUUGGUUGUUUUGGAAAAGGUAAAACGAAUGACAGAGUUACUGUUCAAGCAGUACAAGGAGGUUCCAGGGAAGCAUCUAGAGAUAAUCUUAGGAGUCCACCUCAAAAACCUGUAGAGUCUCUUCCUCAACUGCAAACUCAAGCCCGUUCUGCUAGUAUAUCUAGUCAAUCUACUAGUAGUGAAGUUGGUGAUGUUGAUACCGAAUCUGCUCAUACUUCUAACUCAAUUGGCCAAGGUACUAAUACCACUCAAGUUAAAGGUACUAAUUCUGAAGUUGAUGAAGAACAACACUCUUAUGGUGCUAGUCAAUCUAGUGGAAAUAGUUCUAGAUCUCCUCAAAAUCCUCGACCUCAAACUGAAACUGCUCUAGCUUCUACUCCACCUCUCGCAAAUACUACUUCCUCUAUUACUUCCCAAGCAGGCGCUCCUAAACCUACUGUUCCAUGCGUCCUUGAUCUUACAAGUCCUGAUGAGUCCAAAUUAGAGAUUAGGAAUAAUGAGAGAAAUGGAGUAAGUUACAGAGGAUUUAUGCCAAAUAGUGGUCAUCAUAUAUCUUCUGUUCUUGAUGGUGAAGCUAUUGUUUGGACUGCCUCUGGAAAUGAAAAGUGUACAGGAGGGAAUAUCUAUGGAAAGGAUGAAUAUUUCCUUGUUCUCCUAAAUGUUCACGCUGGAGGCCAAUUCAAUGUCAAGUAUUUUGAGAAGAACGCUGAUGGUGGCUGGAAGGAUCUCACUAGGGAUGAUUUCUUCAAUAAGCUUGACAAAAUGAGAAAGUCUGGAUCAUCUCCUGGAACUACUACUCCAUCUUAA